AUGGCGUCUGAGAAUAGUUUUGUGCAACCAGCCAUUCCAAGGUUUGAUGGACACUAUGACCAUUGGAGUAUGCUAAUGGAGAACUUUCUUCGUUCCAAAGAGUAUUGGAACCUGGUGGAGAUUGGGAUCACUGCUGCAGCAGGGGGAUCGGAUUCCAGUGAAGCACAGAAGAAGAUUUUAGAUGAACUGAAGCUGAAGGAUUUGAAGGCCAAGAACUAUUUGUUCCAAGCCAUAGAUCGGUCAAUAUUGGAGACCAUUCUGAAGAAGGAUACCGCGAAGGAUAUAUGGGACUCCUUGAAACAGAAGUAUCAAGGAACUGCACGUGUCAAACGUGCUCAAUUGCAGGCUCUUCGCAAGGAGUUUGAGGUACUGCACAUGAAGAAUGGAGAAACAGUCAAUGACUAUUUUGGGAGAACACUUACCAUAGCCAACAAGAUGAGAACUCAAGGGGAGAAGAUGGAUGAUGUGGUGAUCAUUGAGAAAAUUUUGAGGUCCAUGACUUCGAAAUUCGAUUAUGUUGUCUGUUCGAUUGAGGAAUCUAAUGACCUGGACAUCCUAUCUAUAGAUGAACUCCCAGAGUAG